UAUGGACAACCUAUUCAAGAGUUUGAUAAUUGUGCUGUAUAUACGACCUAGCUUUUUCAGUGCCCUUGAAAAAAAUAAAAUAAACUAAAUCUUUUAUAAUUUUAAUUUUUGAAAACGGGGCUUGAACCCGACGUGAAUCGAACACGCAACCUUCUGAUCUGGAGUCAGACGCGCUACCAUUGCGCCACGGAUCCACUGGUAGUUUUUGGGAGCAGAAUAAUAAUAAUAUUUCCUAGCGAAGUGUAAGCAUCACUACACCCAUAGGAAGAAUUGCCUGACUGGAUUUGUGAUGUUAAUUCACUUUCCACAUUGCGAUCUCUUCUUCAAAACCCUAAUCCCAAAUUCUCAGGCUCAGCGAAUACCUCAAUUUUCCCAUUCGAUGCAAUCUUGUUUCCGGGAAUGAAAUUGAAGCAUUCCAUCGUCAUUCUCCGAUGACUUCGAUUUGGACUAUUCAAUUCCAAUCCCUUCCUUUUCAGCCCUCAAUUUUGGGCUCCAAGCACCACAUUCCUUCAUAUGUUGUAGAGCUCAGACCAGAGGUUAGCUCGAGUUAUGGUCGACUUAACUGGACUCGGCGAUUGUCGCUCAGACAAAUGUUUGUGCUGAGAGCCAUUGACCGUUCCGCAAACUCUGGUUGCGAGGACCAGAGUUCCCAAGAUGAGACAGUGAAGAGUGAAGCUGAGACUACGAUUAUCCAAGACCCAGUUCGCAAAUUGCAAGGAAUGAUCAGCUCCUUUCCUCCCAUUGUUUUCGGGAUGAGACAACGUAUGGGAUCCCAUUUUGCAAUUGGGAUAUGUAUUGCAACAGCAUUUUUGGUAAUGGCUGUGAGAGUUUAUAUGGUGAGGAAGUCAAGGUAUAGCCGUCCUGGCUCUGUAGCUGAUUUAGUCAGACGUGGCCAACUGAGAUCUGAUAGAAGAGGCAUAUCAAGGCCUCUUAAGUAUGAUGACCCAUUCGAUAAUCCACUGGUGAAGGUGGGUAAGAACAAUUCAACCGUAGAGAUGUGUGGAAAGGUUUACCGCCUAGCCCCAGUUACCCUUACGGAAGAGGAACAAGCUAUACAUCAGAAAAGGAGAUCACGAGCAUACCAAUGGAAGAGACCAACGAUAUUCCUUAAGGAGGGGGAUUCUAUACCUCCAGAUGUUGACCCUGAUACGGUAAGGUGGAUUCCUGCAAAUCAUCCAUUCGCCACCACUGCUAGUGACAUUGAUGAAGAUUUAGCACAAAACAAUGUAUAUCAAAAACAUGGUGUUCCAUUCCGCAUUCAAGCUGAGCAUGAUGCACUGCAGAGAAAGCUUGAAGCUUUACAUAGUGACCAAAAGCUGAACAAAUUAGUGAUCGAGCCCGGCAAUGCUAAAGAUUUUGAGAGAGCAUUCAAAUCAUAUUCAAAGCCAAUAGAACGUGGUGAAGAAAACUUUUUGAAUGAUCAUGCAAGUAGCAGCAAGCCUCCCUUAUCAGAAUCAGAGGAAAUGCAGAAACCAUAAGUAGUGCAUCUUCAUCUGUCCUAUUUUAUUGUUCUCAUUUUCCAAAGACUUGGCAAUGAUUGCUGGCAUUUUAAUAUCUACAAGACAGGUCCUGGUAAAAGUGAAGGGUGGACUGUAAAUAGAAUCGUUUGGUUUCAUAUCCUUGUAUAAACUGUUUGCGGAAUGCAAUUUUAUUCUCUAGAGAGUCUUACCUAAACCAUGUUCAUUGUAAAGUUGUAUGUUGCGUAACAAGUUUUGCUCUGUUUCACGUUUUAUAAACAAACUCGUUAUACGUGUA